UGAAAAGCUAUUACGGUAACAAUAAACCUUCAUGCGUGAUUUUGUAAACAUCACUUACCGGGGAGGUAAAGGUGAAGAAUUGCACGUGACUGCAUAUUGGGGGACAAUUAAUGGAGUCUGACAAAAAGGUCAUCAGAUUCCUCUAAACAAUAUCAACGCCAUCAUGGCAAACAUCGAGCGUAAAGAAAAACAACGAUCAACGGAUGAAAAAGUUGACAAGCAUAGAACUACCAAACGCUCUCACAGUCACAAAGAUGAAAGCAGUAGAGACUCUAGAAUCAAAACAGAUAAGCAUCAUUAUGACUAUGAAAGAAGUUCAACAUCACGAUCAAGAGGAUGGGAUCGGGAUGAGAGUGAUAUAAGGUCAUCGUCCUCACGAGACAGAAAAGAAAAACAUAGAACUUCAUCUUUGUCAUCUUCAAGCAAGAAAACAUCACCCACAAGGGACCAUAAACAUGAUAAAAGAAGUUCAAAGUCUUGGACUUAUUAUGGUUACACUGCCAACGAUGUUCCAAAACCAGAACAAUCAAGAUCAUUGGACAUUUUCCCAGAUAUUGGGAUUCAUCGAAGCUCCAUGAAUCAGGAUGAUCCAAUGACGUCAAAGACACAGAAGGUUAGAGAAAACGAUAUCAAACUUUCAUCUCUGGAGAAGCCCCCUGAUCGGCACCCAGUAGAGGAAGCUGUCGUACUUGAUGGAGUGUUCAAUUGGGAGAGACACCGGCGAGAAUUAGAUGCAAUAUUUUUCAGAGAUGACGGAAUAAUCAAAAGAAAAUCUCAGUAUUAUAAAGAUUUCUGGAAGUUCUUUGAGCGUUACCAAACCUUCCAAUUCAAGCAGAGUUCAAAGCAACUUGAUAAAGGUAAUGCUGAAAAUGAAGCUGAUAAAAAGAAGAACUCCGGGAAAUCUCCAGUACUAGGACUGCCCCUGAGAUAUGAUAAGAAACAUCGCAUCAAUAUGAAAUUGGUCAUCAAAGGAAUUGAGGAGGCUGAGAGAAGGUCAUCAUGGCUUAACACUUCUAAAGAUGAUGAAGACGACUUACCAAAGGAGAGGAUAAGAGAAUUCCGCAAGGUUCUGUUGUACUACAUGGACUUCUGCCAAAAGCAACAGUUUACAAAGUUGGCUAAGUUACUCCAUGAUAAAGCCAACCUCCCUAUUGCUCGAUACCAGGAUAUGAUCGUAGAUGCAGUCAGAGCCAACCAGACAGUUAUUGUGGCUGGAGACACAGGGUGUGGAAAGUCAACGCAGGUGCCACAGUAUCUGAUGAAAGCGGGCUUCAAGGGAAUAGCCUGUACCCAGCCUCGACGCAUAGCCUGUAUCUCCCUGGCUAAGCGAGUUGGGUUUGAAACACUACAUGAGUAUGGUAUGGAGGUGGGGUACCAGAUUCGAUUUGAGGCCAGUAAGAGUUCAUCAACCAAAAUCCUCUUUCUCACUGAAGGGCUACUUUUGAGACAACUGAGCUCUGAUCCUACCUUACAGCAGUAUAACGUCAUCGUUCUUGAUGAGGUGCAUGAGCGUCAUCUCCAUGGUGAUUUCCUCUUGGGAGUCUUACGUUGCCUCCUGGAGCAAAGAGAAGACUUGAAGCUCGUCCUCAUGUCAGCUACAAUCAAUAUCGGUCUCUUCUCUGGCUACUUUGAUAAGGCACCAGUCAUUCAGGUUCCAGGCCGGUUGUAUCCAAUUACAAUGGAGUAUGUUCCUAUCAAAAUGGAGGAGCAGAGCUCCAAGUCUGAGAAGCUUGACCCUCGACCUUAUCUACGCAUCAUGCAGCGGAUUGAUAAGAAGUAUCCGUCCUCGGAGAGAGGAGAUCUACUCAUCUUCCUGAGCGGCAUGUCAGAAAUAUCCAGCGUGACGGAAGCUGCUAAGCUCUAUGCUGAAACGACAAAGCAAUGGAUUGUGUUAUCUCUACACAGUACACUGUCCAUCACUGAACAAGAUAAAGUGUUUGACAUUGCCCCUGAAGGCGUCAGGAAGUGCAUCGUAUCAACUAAUAUCGCUGAGACGUCCGUUACUAUAGAUGGCAUACGCUUCAUUACUGACUCUGGAAAAGUGAAGGAGAUGAGUUACAAUGCAGAAGCCAAGAUGCAACAACUGCAGGAGUUUUGGAUUAGCAGAGCAAGCGCUGAGCAACGUAAAGGAAGAGCAGGGCGGACCGGGCCAGGUGUAUGUUUCCGUCUUUAUGAUGAGUCAGAUUACGAUGAGUUCCAGGAGUACUCAACGCCUGAGAUUCACCGAGUUCCGCUGGACUCACUCAUCCUACAGAUGAUGGCACUGGGACUCAAUGAUCCUAGAAAAUUCCCGUUCAUUGAGCCGCCUCCUGCCUCCAGUGUAGAGAGCUCCAUCAUCUUCUUGAAGGAGCAAGGAGCUCUGACUCAACAGGAGAAGCUGACAUCCAUUGGGAGACUCCUUGCUGACCUACCUGUAGAUGUAGUCAUCGGAAAGAUGCUUAUCAUGGCUACAGUCUUCAAGAUGAUAGAGCCAGUGUUAUGCAUUGCAGCAUCUCUCAGUGUCCAAUCACCAUUCACAAGUAGAGCACACAGGGACUCGGAAGCUAUGACUGCACGGCGCCCUCUGGAGUCUGACCAUGGAGAUCCUUUCACAUUAUUGAAUGCAUUUGAUGAAUGGAUUCAAGUAAAGGGCAAAGGUCAACCUUCUCGAAAAUGGUGCAAGAAACGAGGAUUGGAAGAGCAGCGAUUCUAUGAGAUGUCAAAACUCAAGAGACAGUUUGAAGCACUUCUCAGGGAUCAUAACCUUGUGGAGAGAUUGAGCGAUCCAUCUGAGAGACGCUAUAGCAGCGCAGAGAGGUAUAAACGGAAUCUAGAAAAAAGACAACUCAGAGAUCUGAAGAAAAAAGAACACAGUGGGCCUAAGAAACGCAAAGUUCUCCGAUUAGGACAGGAGGACUUUGAUGCGAGCGAUGAUGAAGAUGAUGAUGGCAAGGACCUCAAGAGUCUAGAGUUCAAAUUGACCCAUGACCUCAACCGUCUUCAGACCACAGCCAGCCUGAAUCGUAGCUUCACUCUACGUCAGCUGAACCUUCUGAAGGUGAUUCUGUGUAGCGGACUCUACCCACAGCUAGCCAUCGCUGAGGAUUGCAACACCUACCGCCGAGAAUGUGAUCAAGUAUUCCAUACCAAGGCCAAGCAAUUUGUUCUUCUUCAUCCCACUGGAGUAUUUGCCAACAACCCAUCCGUCCUUGAACCACCAGAGGAGAAAGACCAAGUAGGCCAUUCUAGUUCCAGAGGGGCCUUGAGCAGUAAACAUCAACUCCUUGCAUACGUAUCUCUACUGGAAACUAACAAACCAUAUUUAGUAAACACAAUGAGGGUACCAGCUUUACAGACUGUCAUGUUGUAUGCAAACUGCUUGGAUACCAACCCGUCAUGUACAAGGUUGGUUGUCGAUGAGUGGAUUGAGUUUACCAUUCCUGAUGUAGAUACAGCCGAGCACAUCCUAUCUGCUGUCAUGCAGCUACGAGCUUCAUGGCUUCAACUCCUUGAAAUAAGACUAAAAGACAGUCACUUGUCCGUUGAGUCUGCAGGUGGGCGUGGCAAUCUGCGUGUUGUACACCAGGAGAGAGUUCUAUCUAUUAAACUAGCUGAGUUUCUAGAUUGCCACGUUGAGUACACAAUGAGGAAACUUGGCUCAACUGAACUGCACAACCUCUACACUGGCCUUCAUGUCCAAGGGAAAGGAAAGCAAGAAACAUUCUUCACAUCACAGAGUAGGAAAGGUCACCCUCACCCUACUAAGGGAGGGACGCAGGUUAAUGAUUACCUAACCUAUGGAUGUUUGUUCAACGUUGCCAGUGAUUCUUUAGGUGAAUUCAGCUCGGUUUUACGUCGGCAUUGGUCGUGUCCUCAUUGCAACGACACACUGAUUGUGACUACACUAGAAAAGAUUCAACAUGAGACAGAGUGUCUACAGGCAUCAACAGCGUCUCAAGAUGAAGCAGAACUCAAGGAGAAGGCUGAGGGUACCCAGAGCGACAUGAUUGGAAUGGGAACGCUGAGGAGGCAAUAUGAAUGCAUCGUCUGCAACCAAGAGUUCUCCUUCACAUCCACAGAGAUUCUUAAACACAAGAGGAUGCAUGCCAAGAAAGAGUCAGCAGACUGAUGAUGUUGAAUUAACAUUUUAAAUAAAUAAUUUGUUUGUUUUAGUAGUUGUUUUGAUAAUUUUCUCUAUAUCUUAUAUUUUUAAUAUAUUUAUCUGUCCAGUCACAUGCAAUUUGGCCCUUGGGCCACGAUUUGUGGUUUUAUUAAAACAAAAUAUUAAUAGUAAUGAAUGUGCUGUAAAGUGCCACUGUACUUUUGAAAAGCUUAGUUUGCAUCAACUUAACAGGGCUGCGAAAGUUCAAAGGGAACAGCUCUGCGCUGUAAACAUAGUGCAACAUUGCUGUCAAACACUAUGCAAAUGUUGCGGAAUUAUAAAAUGUGCAAUGGGAACAUGGCUUUUGAUGACAAUGAUACCAAAAUACACAUAAUUUGUUAGAAUCAUGCAUAUAUGCAAGAGGCUCUAUAUACAAUACAAAACUAAUUUCUAUUCUAAAACUUGCAAUUCCAGAAGGUCUACUUCCUAGAAGCAAAUUUUUUAUAGCUUUCUUCUGAAGGUCUAGCAUUUUAUCGAAUUUGAACUCAAAAUUUAAGUUAUCAGGGUACUAUUUUCGUGGGGACCAUAUAGUUGAGGUACCCUACUUUUGUGGUACGCUCUUUUCGUGCAUACCCUAUUUUCGAGGUACCCUGUUUGGUGGUAACCUAUUUUUCGAGGUAUCCUAUUUUCGUGGGUACCUUGUUUUUGCGGUACCUCGAAAAUAGGGUACCCACGAGAAUAGGGUACCUCGAAAAAAGGGUACCCACACAAUUAUGGUACCCACGCAAUUAGGUUAACGCAAAAAUAGGGUUCCCAUGAAAAUAGGGUACCUCGAAAAGGCUUAAAGACAGUGGACACUAUUGGUAAUUGUCAAAGACCAGUCUUCUCACUUGGUGUAUCUCAACAUAUGCA